ACACAACAGCAAGCCAUACAUUAAUCUCAUAAUGAAUUCGUCCCAUCUUCCGCCAGUUCACGCCCGAUACUUGCUUUCGGACAAAGCCAACCAAGGACUAUAGUUCAAUCUGACCCAUCCCCUUGCUUUCUUCGACCGGAAAUACCAAGGCAACGUUUCUUCAUUGUUUGCCUUCUUUCAUAUUGUAGAUUUCUUUCAGAGAACUUGACUGUUUAUGGGCCUUGCGAUUGAAUCCAUAAAAGAAGAUGGGUUACCUCUCGGCUUUCCGCCAAUCUCUCUCUUCGUUUCUAACCCCCAAGAAAUCCCCUCUCGAACGGCCACAGCCACGACCUCUUUCUCCCACGACCAGCGCAACCGAGACGUAUGCGCAAUCAUUUACAAGAGCCUUACGACGUCGUUCAAUGAGUCCCACAUCCAAGACGCAAGAUUGGUUGUCAAGCACCACGUCCAGCCAAUUUGGAGGAGGAAGCGGAGACGGAAUUGAGUUUGUAAACCCGCAAGGGAAAACGGGAUACCGUGCUUCCAAGAUGAGUGAAAUCAUGGAGACACCCAAAGACGCUUACAGGAACUUUAUGCAACUUCCAACUCCAGCUAAGUCGGGCCUGAAGAGGAAAUUGGGUUUUGAUCGUCGUUGCCCUCAAUCGGGAACUCAAAUCAGCGACAGCGAGUAUGAUCUCGAGGGCGAUACGAUUGCGGUGGAUGAGGUUACUCCAGCCAAACGACGACGGGUCGGUGAGGGCUUGGUGUAUGUGGGCGAUCGAGAGACGACAGCAUCACAGCUGCAUGAGGAGCGGGAUUUGCUUGAGGGUGAUACUCUUGGCGUUGACGAUACUGAGUCAAUGGCAUGCUCUGGAGUUGAAAGUGGCGCUGAAGGUUCGGAUAUAGUCAAUGGCGAGCCCAAUGUCUGUGACGAUGCAGACGUGGAUUCCCAGAUUACCACCGAUGAUUUGGGAGCCGAUGGCGAUGAUGAAGUUCUCCAAGUGCACCCGCGUCCGGAUAAGGUAAACCGCGGCUCGAAGACCUCUUGUGACACAGACGGUACUUACCGCCCUUCGCCACACGCUGUGGACAAGAAUCUUACCAAGAGCAUCGUCCAUCAGACCGUGGAAAACGAGCUAAGCGAAGAGGAGGUCGUGGGGAAGCAGCACAAUGUGAGAAAAAAUGAAAGGAAAGAAGUGGCAUUUGAUUUCUCUCUGGAGAGAGCGGAACGCUGGGUUGCUGCUAUUAAAUUACCGAAGGGCCACUGGGCCGAAGCGGAGGAGGAUCUCUUCUAUCGCCUUGCAAUGAGAGGAUUCGAGCCUCUCGUGCCUAGCAAUUGGCAACUAGAUUUCAGCACCCUUCCUGAAUCGUUGUUUGGACUCCCUGGAGAUAUUACCCCUCCGUACAUAAAUGCGACUGGUGGCUCAGACUUCCGUGCUAUCAAUGCUCUCACCGAUCUCUUUGAGCUUGGCGGUCAAGUUAGGGACCGCCAAUCAAUCCACCUUCGCCCCGAGCCAGUUAUCCGUCGCGCCAUUACGAGAUAUAUUAAAUGGGCAUUAUAUGAUUCUAACCUCCUCAAUCGUCCAAAUGCAAUUCCCGUUCACGCUAUAUAUUCUCUUAAACCAUCCGAAUCCACUCGCGAUGCCCUCCAAACCCUCAAUCACCGUCUAGUCAUGUUAGCCAAUCGUUACCGCGUGGCUUGGAAAGUAGCUCCUAGCGUCGAAACCAGUUUCGAUGAAAAGAAGAACAACAACAAGAACGAUGAAAAUGACCGAUGCGACAGCGCUGACCGAUAUUAUUCCAGUCGCUCAUUUCCCGUUAUUACAGGGUUUCUGGUCUGCGGGCCAAUCGUUGCCCUUCUCACCCUAAACUCAGACCCCAAGGUGCACCCUAUCCUGGACUCAAGGUUCUCUGCAAAAUUCAUCUCGCAAUUUGAUUUUGGCGAGAUUGCCCAGGAUGUGUGGAAUUCGUUCGCUGUUGCCAUUGCUGUUGUACGGAUGCGGAAGACAAUGGCUCAACUAGAAGCGGAAGGACAGGGGGACGUGAUGUGGAUGGAUUGCAAUGAGGCCGAUUCGGUGGACCCGGACCUCUAGGUAUUACGUUGGCCUAAUAUCGAAAGAUGUAGUUAUCUUUCCCCAGGAAUAGUUCGUUGGUGUUAUUCAAUUGAGCAGCUAUGUCAUGGGAUGGGCCACUCGAUGGUGGUGGUAUACACUGUUGCUGGACUGGAUGAUAAAGCUCAAAUCUCCGUUUGCUUGAGCUCGAAUGUCGUUAAGCUUAUUCGUUUUCUUUUUCUUUUCAUGCUUUGUAUGUCUUAUGAUUGGUAUGUGCUUAUGACGAAAGACAUGAAUACGGACCGGAUGAUAUGGAAUUAUGAAGCACUUUGGUUUAUACCCCUC